UUACUGUGUCUUUGUUUAUUGUACUUUGUUUAAGUGCUGGAACCUUUAAAAUGGCGUUUUCUACAUACUUGGAUAGCACAGCUGAGAGUGCAGUAAGAAGAAGAAGAGAAAGCAUAAGUCCUCCACCACACAUGUCUGAAUUAAAGAUUUGGUUGGUUGGAGACAACUGGGCAGACAAGUGCUCUGUGGGAAACCUGCUCUUGGAAAAGAAAGCAUUUGAUAAAGCUUCUCGCUCCCUUCAGUUGUGUGAGAAAGGAUGUUUUAGGACUCAACCCAUAUCUGUGACCAUCACACCAAAUAUGUUUGACAGUCAAGCCCCUGAAGCCCACAUUUCACAGGCAUUGCAAUAUUGUGUGGAUUUGUCUUCUCCAGGUCCACAUGUACUACUACUGAUUCCACAACUAGGUAACUUUGGGGAGAAGAAAAGUAAAAUGAUAACUCAGAUUCUGAACUCUUGGUCAAAUAAUUCAUUGAACCAUACAAUAGUGCUAUUGCUGGGUCCAUUCACAAAUGAUAAGGAGCAAAAACUUGUUUAUGGCUUACUCAAAGAAACAUGGAGGUACCACAAAUUUGGAAAGAAAAAGGGAAAAUGCAUAGCCAAACAGGAAUCAGUAAAUGAGCUGUAUGAGAAAAUUCUGAACUUGCAGCAAAACAAUAUGGGGAAUCAUCUCAGCGUGAAUAUUAAGGAGUCACCACAGGCCUCACAUCUGCAGCAUCAUAAGAGUGAAAGACAAAAGAUGAAAAAUCCAGAAGGUUUUGCUGGAUUCUCAUCAAACAUGAAAAAAAAAAUGCAGUCAUUACUGAAACCAUCACAGAUGAAUAAAAUGGAGGUAGAACAACCUGUUCAAAAUCUUAACCUGGUGCUGUUUGGAAGAAGCAGUGCUUGGAAGAUUCAGACAGCAAACAUAAUACUGGGUCAGACUGAAUCAGCAGAGGUGUCUAAAACAGAACUCCUCCAUGAAUGUGUGAAGAGAGAGGGAAUGAAAUGUCUUCAUCAGAUCACACUGGUUGAAAUGCCAGAACUAUACAAUACAUCUCUCUCAAAUAUAGAUGUAAUGUAUGAGACAUACAAGGCCCUGUCUCUAUGUUCAUUUAACAUACAUGCAUUUCUCCUGGUCCUACCUGUCGGUCCUCUCACUGAUGAUGAUAAAGGAGAACUCGCAAAAACAAGUGACAUAUUUGGCACAGCUGAUGGGAAGUUUUGGGAUUAUUUGAUUGUUUUGUUCAUAUGUGAAGGGGACAGGCGAGACAAAAUUAUCACUAAUUUCAUACAGAAGAAUGAAGACAUUCAAAAACUUAUUCAGAAAUGUGGGAAUAAAUACCAAAUACUUAGUGUCAACAAAAGUCGUGAUAGUGAGCAGAUCUCAGAACUGCUGCAGAAGAUUGAUGAUAUGAUUGCUGGAAACAGUUGCUACUCAUCUGAUAUGUAUGUAAAAGCCCAGCUAAAGUACAGAGUUCAACAAGAUACCAGAAUUAAAGAAAUGGAGGAAGAAAUCAGAGAACUAAAGCAGACCAAACAAACAGGUGAAAGUGAGAGUGUGAAAACAAGUACAGACUGUUUGAGGAUUGUGCUUGUUGGAAAAACUGGAAGUGGAAAGAGUGCUACAGGAAACACCAUACUCAACCGAAGAGUAUUUAAAUCUCAAGCCAGUUCAAAAUCAGUCACAUCCUCAUGUCAGAAGGAAGAGGGGAUUGUUAAGGGAAGACCAGUCACUGUUGUUGAUACUCCUGGCCUGUUUGACACACAGGUCUCAAAUGAUGAGGUUAAGGAGGAGAUACUGAAGUGCAUCAGUCUUCUUUCUCCAGGACCUCAUGUGUUUCUGCUCAUUCUUACAAUUGGAAGAUUCACAACAGAAGAAAGAGAAACUCUGAACCUUAUUAAAGAGACAUUUGGAAAAAAUGCUGGGAUGUUUAGCAUGAUAAUAUUCACCCAUGGUAAUAAUCUGCAAGAUCAGACGAUUGAAAGUUACCUGGAGGAUGGAGAUCCACACCUGAUAAAGCUGAUUCGUGAUUGUGGGGGAAGGUAUUAUGUGUUUGAAAAUACAAAACAAGACAAUACUAAACAAGUCAUUCACUUACUAGAAAAAAUCAACAGAAUGAUUGAGAAAAAUGGAGGAGGCUGUUAUACCAAUGAGAUGUUUGAAGAAGCAGAAGCUGCCAUUAAACAAGAAAUUGAAAAAAUUCUACAGCAGAAGAAAGAGGAGAUGGAAAGAGAGAACAAACAUCUACUUGAUAAACAUGAAAAAGAGAUGGCAGAGAUGAAGAGGAGAAUUGAGGAACAGAGAGAGCUAAUGGAGAGAGAGAGGAAAUUAAGAGAGGAGGAACUUAGAAUAAAAGAAGAAUUUUUGCAGAAGGAAAUCAAAAAGAGAGAUGAACAAGAGGAGAGAGAAAGGAAAGACAGAGAAGCAGCUAAAGAACAAAGAAGAAUUGAAGAAGAGAGACAACAAAAAGAAUGGGAAAGAAAAUUGAAAGAUAUUGAGGACAAUAAAGCUGAGCUACAGAGACAGCUGCAAAAGAAAGAGCAAGAUGAGAGAGCAAGAUAUGAGAGAGAGAAAAGAGAAAUGGAAGAGCGUCAUCAUGAGAGACUUAAAAGAGAAAAAGAGCAAGAGGAAUAUCAUGAAAAACUGACCAAAGAACGAAGUGAAUGGGAUCAGAAACAAAAGAAAAUGAUUGAAGAAUUCAAUCAGGAAAAACAGCAAAGAGAAGCAGCAGAGAAGCAAAGGAUUGAGGAUGAGCGCAAAGAAAAAGAAAAACUAGAGAAAGAGUUUGAGAAGAGUAAAGAGAAGAUGAGAAAACAAAGAGAAGAAAGGGAGAAAUCACAAAAAAAGGAGUGGGAUAAAAGAGUGAGAGAGGAGGAGGAGAUGAGAGAACAGGAAAGAGAGAAACUAAAGAAACUUCAGGAGGCAUUUGAACGAGAACGUAGAGAGGAGGAAAACAAGAGAAAGACAGAAGAUCGAAAAAGAAAAGAACAAGAGGAUCAAGAACGACAAAAGAUGGAGAAAGAGUAUGAGAGGAAAUUAAAAGAGAUGAAGGGGAAGUAUGAGGAUGAGGCCAGGAAACAAGCUGAAGAAUUCAAUGAAUUCAAAAAUAAAUAUAAAACAGAGUUUCAUGAUCUCAUGUCAAAGCAUGCUCAAGAGAUUGAUGAACUAAAGAAAGAGCAUACCAAAAAAAGUGAUGAGGAUGAGAAAAAGUACAGCCAUUUGACUGACCUCUCAAAGAAGAAAGAGACAGAUCUGAAUGAAAAAAUAAAACAAAUGGAAGAGAAACAUAAAAAAGAGACUGAUGAACUGAAGAAAGAGCAUACCAAAAAAAGUGAUGAGAAUGAGAAAAAGUACAGCCAUUUGACUGACCUCUCAAAGAAGAAAGAGACAGAUCUGGAUGAAAAAAUAAAACAAAUGGAAGAGAAACAUAAAAAAGAGACUGAUGAACUGAAGAAAGAGCAUACCAAAAAAAGUGAUGAGAAUGAGAAAAAGUACAGCCAUUUGACUGACAUCUCAAAGAAGAAAGAGACAGAUCUGGAUGAAAAAAUAAAACAAAUGGAAGAGAAACAUAAAAAAGAGACUGAUGAACUGAAAAAGAAAUAUGAUGAAAAAUGUGUGUUAUUGUAGUAUUAAAAGGGGUAUUUUACACUAAAGGCCAGUGUUCUUCAACCAUGGUUCCCGAGGACCCCUUCCAGAAAGUUUUAGAUGUCUCCUUAUUUAAAACACCUAAACCAACUCAUCAGCCUCAUUCCAGAAUGUCUCCCUAACAAGUUAAAUAAAUUUUAAUUUAAUUAAAUCAGGUGUGUUAAUUAAGGAGACAUCUAAAACAUUCUGGAAGGGGGUCCUUGAGGACUGGGGUUGAAGAACACUGCUAUAGGGUAUUGUAUUUCAAAAAUUCAUUUUGUAAGUGUCUUCAAAUAAUUGUUCACUUUAUUACGGCAUUAUGUGUAUAGUAUAUGAUCUCAUCUUAUUUCAGAACAAUGUUUUUCUCACAGUCAAUAACAAUUUGAACUAAUUUUAAAGGUAACAUAGAAUGAUUGAACGGGGUAUUUAUCCUUGUUCUGUGAUGUGACAUGUAGACAAAACAAUUUUUGUUUGGGUCUGUAAUGCCUUAGAAGCUUCCUGAAAACCUCUCUCAGAUAGCUCUAUUAGGGUGGGGGAUUUUAAACAAGUGGUUUUGCACCUAUUUGGCUCCCCCUACUGGCUUAACUUGCAAUUUCAUAACUGAUUGGCUGAAUUUGCUGCCACUCAAAAAUGUAGCCAAUUAUUUUAAAGUGGAGGGGCAGGGAGAUGCCUGUGAUGUCAUAAGAAUCAUAAGAAAAUAGUAGAGAGUGCUUUUUUAUCAAUAAUUGAUUAUGGUGAUCUUCUUUAUAUGCACGCAACUACAUCGCUACUUAAAAAACUAGACUCUGUGUAUCACGCAGCUUUACGCUUUGUCUCCGGCGCAGAGCCACGGACGCAUCACUGUAUUUUAUACACUUCCCUAGCGUGGUCAUCGUUACAUCAAAGGAGAAGAUUACAUAUGUACUUAUUCAUCACAAAAGCUCUUUUAGGCAAAUUACCCUCUUAUAUAUCAAAUCUUCUAAAUUAUUAUACAAAUAUUCAUGGUACUAGAUCUGGUUCUUAUAUUUGCUUAAAAGUCCCAAGGGUAUUGUCUAAAUUCGGCAAAUGUGCUUUCUCUUCCUAUGCUCCUCGGGCUUGGAAUGAAUUGCAAAAUACUCUUAAUUUAAAUGCACUUCCAACUUUAAGCACUUUUAAACGUCUUUUACAAAAGGUUUAAUGGAUACUUGCAAUUGUUUUAACUGAUUUGUUGUAUUUGCGUUCUUGUUUUAGAUCUUUCAUUAUGUGAUUGUUGUAAAUUGUGGUGUUGUCUAAUUGUAUUUUUUUUGUAUGAAACUCAAUGUGCCGUCGUCUUGACCAGGUCUCACUGGAAGAAGAGAUAGAAAUAUCUCAAUGUGAUUUUCCUGGCUAAAUAAAGGAAAAAAAUCAGUUUUUCAGAUUGGGCCGUUUUCUGGCUGACAUUUCUAAAAGAGGAAUCUCUAUGAGACUGAGAUGUUUAGCAUGUCUAGAACUUUUUGUAUGUUCAUGAAUGCGGGUAGACUACCAUUAUUCAACAAAGACAAGGUAAAAAUGUUUUUUCAUUCUCUGUCCCCUUUAAGACAUAUGCAUAUUUUGAAAUCCACUUAGUCUAUUUGCAUUUUAAAUAGUUUGAUGUAAAUCAUUAACAUCAGAACAAUGUAUUAUCAUUGCAAUUGUUUUUGUUAGUUCACAGUGCGUUAAUAUUAAAUGUAUUA